AUGGGGGAGUCUAUCCCGCUGGCCGCCCCGGUGCCGGUGGAACAGGCUGUGCUGGAGACGUUCUUCUCUCACCUGGGUGUCUUCUCUUACGACAAGGCCAAGGACAAUGUGGAGAAGGAACGAGAGGCCAACAAGAGCGCGGGGGGCAGCUGGCUGUCGCUGCUGGCGGCCUUGGCCCACCUGGCCGCAGCCGAGAAGGUCUAUCACAGCCUCACCUACCUGGGGCAGAAACUAGGUAAGGGCAGUCUGAUGAAAGAAGGUAUCAUGAAGGCCACACUGUUUAACACUGGAAGGGGCCAGUCUUUCUUCAGCAGGAAGGACUCCAUCCGAACUAUCUAUACUUCCCUGCAUAAUGAGCUGAAGAAAGUGGUGACUGGCCGUGGCACCCUGGGAGGGACCGCUCCUCAUGUGGAAGAACUCCUUUCCCACCUGUCAGAGCAGCUCUGCUUCUUCGUUCAGGCGCGGAUGGAGAUUGCAGACUUCUAUGAGAAGAUGUAUACCCUCAGCACACAGAAGUUCAUCAAUGCUGAAGAGCUCGUUGGCCUUUUGGACACCAUCCUCAAGAAGUACAGCUCCAGAUUUCACCACCCAAUCCUCAGCCCUCUGGAAAGCAGUUUCCAGCUGGAAGUCGAUGUCCUGAGUCAUCUCCUGAAAGCCCAGGCUCAGGUCUCAGAGUGGAAGUUCCUGCCGUCUCUGGUUAACUUGCACAGCGCUCACACCAAGCUGCAGACCUGGGGCCAGAUCUUUGAAAAGCAGCGGGAGACCAAGAAACAUCUGUUUGGAGGGCAGUCUCAGAAGGCCGUUCAGCCCCCACACCUUUUCCUUUGGCUGAUGAAACUCAAAAACAUGCUUCUUGCCAAAUUCAGUUUCUACUUUCAUGAGGCACUGAGCCGACAAACGACUGCUUCUGAAAUGAAAACGUUGACUGCAAAAGCCAACCCAGACCUGUUUGGAAAGAUUUCCAGCUUCAUCAGGAAGUACGAUGCUGCCAACGUGUCUUUAAUCUUUGAUAACCGAGGGUCUGAGAGCUUUCAGGGUCACGGCUAUCACCACCCCCAUUCCUACAGGGAGGCCCCCAAGGGUGUGGACCAGUAUCCAGCCGUGGUGUCUCUGCCCAGCGACAGGCCUGUCAUGCACUGGCCCAACGUCAUCAUGAUCAUGACGGACCGCACCUCCGACCUGAACAGCUUGGAGAAGGUGGUUCACUUCUACGAUGACAAAGUUCAGAGCACCUACUUCCUAACCCGCCCAGAACCCCACUUUACCAUUGUCGUCAUUUUUGAGUCAAAGAAAUCUGAGAGAGACUCCCACUUUAUUUCCUUCCUCCAUGAGCUCUCACUUGCCCUUAAGAACCCCAAGGUUUUUGCAAGUCUGAAACCUGGAUCCAAAGGUUAGCAGGUUAUCUGUGCGAAAGGUUUUCAAGAGAAGAAGUUGUGUUCUUAAUUGCUCUAAUGCUCUACAGUGGUCUGUGAUUAGGGUUUCGAUCCAUCCAGGCUUCUUUCAGAGCUAAAUUAAAGACAAAGCCUCCCUAAUUGUGUCGCACACUUUAUAUGCAAUUAAGGCCAAUUAAGUAAAGUAUCCAAAGAGUAAUCUAGGCUACAGUAUAUCUCCAUGGUACAGCAAAGUACUCUCAGUAUUUUCUCCUGUUUUCCUGUAUUUUAUGUAGACUGAAUAUUUAUUAGCCUUUGAUGUUU